AUGGCUGGUUGUCGAUGGCAUAUUGGUGUUGUUUUUGGGAGAACCAUUUUGUUUAUCUUAAUAAUCAACAUUGCAAAUGUUCAGCCUCAUUCUUUUGACUGCCCCAACUUCAGUUCAACUUAUGUAAAGAAACUAAAGUUGGAAGGUAAUGCUUCCACCUUAGGUUCUGCUAUCCAACUCACAACGAACGCAACGGAAAACGGGUCUGGGACAGUAGGAAGAGUGACAUAUCCAGAGCAGAUUAGUCUUUGGGACAAUAGUUCAGAUGAACUAAAAGACUUCACUACCAACUUUUCCUUUGUUGUUUCCUCAAAUCAGAAUCAUUAUGGUGAUGGUUUGGCAUUCUUCCUUGCAAGCCCAAAUCUUCCCUCCGCGGAUGAUGAAAACGUAAGAGGAGGAGGCCUUGGCAUAGGGCUUGUCGAUGGUAGGGUAAAUCUCAUUGACCCUGAUUAUCAAUUUGUAGCAGUGGAGUUUGACACUUACUCAGACAACUGGGACCCAUAUGGCUCACAUGUAGGUGUAAAUAUCAAUGCUAUGAAGUCUCAAAUAUUCGAGACAUGGUCGCCAAAUACGGGGAAAGUAUGUAACUGUAGUAUUGUAUACAAUUCUAGAAAAAACAUUUUGAUAGUUUCUUUCACGAGAUACAAUUUUGGUAGUGGGAAUAUAACACAAAGUAUUCAGCACCUUGCAUACCCCGUUAAUAUCAGAGAUCAAUUACCAAAGUCGGUUAUUGUCGGCAUAUCAGCUGCGACAGGUGAAUAUGCUGAGGAACUUACCUUGCUCUCAUGGUCAUUUAGUACACGUACAAGACCACCAAUUCAGGUUAAUUCGAAGAAGAAAAACAAGUUAAUCAGCUCAAUAAUGUUGCAGGGAAUUGGAAUUGGGACAGGUUUGUUUUUUAUUUUAUCAGGGUUGGUCUAUAUUUUGUUAUGGAGGAUGAAUAAAGGAAAAGAAAAAAGCAUUUCUCGUCUGGAGAUGGAUGAUGAACUCCACACGAGACCUAAGGAGAUUAGCUAUCAAGAAUUGGCCGCUGCAACCUGUUGGAAGAGUGCUUCAGGACUGAAACAUGUCCACAUAUUUUUUUAA